AUGUCAUCAUCUGAAAUUUUGUGUUUUGUGCGAUAUUUUGGUCUCAUUGUCGGUGAGUUGGUUCCAAUGGAAACAGAAAUUUGGAAAUUAUAUAUAGUUCUUAGAAAAAUUAUUGAUAUUUGUUGUGCUAGGGUACUUCAACCUGAAUGUUCUCAUCUACUUGAUGCAUUGGUUUCUGAACAUAAUCGAUUAUAUUUAUAUUUUUCCAAUUGUUCAUUGAAACCAAAAUAUCACAUUCUUACACACUAUGGUAGACUUCUUCUUGCAAAUGGUCCGAUUUCAUUAACUUCUUCACUAAGAUUUGAGUCCAAACAUAAAGUGUUAAAAGCAUUUGCAAAUGCAAUACCCUGUCGUAUCAAUCUUGGCUAUACCUUAGCACAUAAGCUCCAGUUACAAAUGGUCAAUCGUUUUUUAAACCAAACAGGGAUAACCCCUGACUUAUUAAAGGUAGGAUCGUGCAAAAACUUAAAUACUUUUGAUGAGUUUAGUACUCAAUUAUUUAAUUUUUUACCUAUCGAAUUAAAACAUGUAGUAACUUCAGCACCUUGGAUAGAACUUAGAGGAAUUUCUUACAAACCAGGUAUGCUUGUAAUUUUGGAAAUCAAUUUAAAUAAUUGUAUAUUUGGAAAAAUAAUAAAUAUUAUUCUUGGUAAUUCAAGAACUCCAUACAUAGUGACAUAG